UCAAUUGAUAGAGGCCACGGCGUAAACAUAGGAAGAGACGAUCUUAUAGUAGUAAUUAAAAUUAUCCUUUUUUUUUAAUAUUUAUUUUAAAGGUUAGAUUUUUUUUUUUUUUUUUUUUUUUNGGUUUCAAAGUCCCUACCAAUGUGACCAAAGUGCUCCAAUGCAUGAUUAUUACGUUGGAGCCUCUUCAUAGAUUUGCUUUCUCCAAAUUUAUAAUCUUUCUGUCUCUCAGCUUCAAAAGUUUUCAUUUUUAGGGUUUGAUUUUUGCUCUGUUUCAAUUAUUAUUGUUGGAUGGUGUAAAUGUGAGAGAAGGUUUCGUUAUGUUAAAGAGGCAGUCCAACGCCAUUCUCUUCUACAGAAUCGCUAGCUUCGAUUCACAUCAUACCCUAAUGUCUUCUUACACCGAUCCCCUUUUCCUGCGAUCGCUUCACACUCGAUCAAUCUCGAACAGAUUUGGUGGAGAUUUCGUUAAUAGGAUCAAUCCCAUUCGAAUUUACAACAAGAGGGGCUCCUCUUGUAAUGGUUUGUUCAAGGUUAAAGGUGGAGGAGGAAAGCCCAAUGGGUUGUUAACCUUGAGAAGUUGUUUUGAUUCUCAUAAGAAACCUGAUCAAAAGGCUCGAGCUUUAACUCAGCAUCGGCGCCUUCUCCAUGGUUUGGGAUCUGGGCCUGGUGAAGAACGCGGCGGCGGCGGCGGAGGAGGAGCAACCGAGAUAGCGGAUGGUCGUGGUGCAUAUCUGCGUACGAGUUUCCAAGGGAAUGAUAAGAUUGUUGUGGCUGUUGAUAUAGAUGAGGUUCUUGGAAACUUUGUCUCGGCCCUUAACAAAUUCAUUGCGGACCGCUAUUUUUCGAACCAUUCAGUCUCAGAGUACCAUGUCUAUGAGUUCUUCAAGAUAUGGAACUGCUCUCGCAACGAAGCCGACUUACGUGUUCACGAGUUCUUUAAGACACCAUAUUUCAAGAAAGGGAUCCAUCCUCUUCCAGGUGCCCAUAAAACUCUUCACAAGCUAUCAAAAUAUUGCGACAUGUCAGUUGUGACGUCCCGGCAGAAUGCGAUAAAGGAGCACACACUUGAGUGGAUUGAGAUACAUUUCCCGGGACUCUUCCAACAGAUUCAUUUUGGAAACCAUUUUGCUCUUCAUGGAGAGUCAAGACCAAAAUCUGAAAUCUGCAGAUCAUUUGGAGCAGAGAUAUUGAUUGACGAUAACCCGAGAUAUGCAGAGGAAUGCGCUAACAUCGGAAUGAAGGUUCUCCUCUUUGACUAUGAAAAUUCAUACCCUUGGUCUAAGACGGAGUCUGUUGAUAAGCAUCCUUUGGUAACUAGAGUCCAUAAUUGGGAAGAGGUGGAGCAGCAGAUUCUCUCGUUGGUAGUAUCAAAGUGUUGAAAUCAUUUCUGCAACAACAAAUGUUCUUUUGCCAGUGCAAAAAUUAUAGUCUUAAUGUUUGAAAUGAUAGUGUAUUGUAUAAACAAUUAAACAUUGAAAGAAAGCUGAACAAACCCAUAAAGCUUGAUGGGGAAAUAAGUAGCAAACAGAGAUGGCAAUGGAAUUAGCUUUAACUGUCCCUUUUUAGCA